AUAAAGAAAUUAUUAAUAACUACUUUCCAGAAAACUGAUCAGAAAACUACUGAAUAAAAUAUGGAGGAUAUACUGCAACGUGUCGUAGAAUUGAAUCUCAUCAACGAUGAACAACCAUCUCUGGAUGUGUUUGAUGUUGAUUACUUCCAUGGUCGGGUAGAUUCUUUAAAAUCCGCAUUUCCUGAACCUUUCUUCUACCAUGCCAUGGCUGUUAAAGCCAACCCUUUGAGAUGUAUAAUGAAACUUGGGCUUGAGAAGAAUCUAGGGGCAGAAUGUGCAAGUCUUCAAGAAGCACUUCAUUCAUUAGCAAUAGGUUUCCCUGCGAACCAAAUAGUUUAUGAUUCUCCUGUAAAAACUAUCAAGGAAUUGGAAACUGCAAUAAACAACGGGUUUUAUAUUAAUCUUGAUAAUGAACAAGAAGUUUCUCAAGUUGGAGAAUAUUUAAAAACCUACCCGGGAACUGUCCCUGUGAUUGGUUUAAGGAUCAACCCUGUGGUUGGAGCCGGGAAUAUUGCAAUGAUAUCAACAGCUACUCCACAAUCAAAGUUUGGUCUCCCCUUGACGAAGGAUACGUGUGAGAGAAUCCUCUCCUUGUACCAGAACAAUCCUUGGUUAACUGCAGUUCAUAUUCAUGUUGGAAGCCAGGGGGUUCCACUCACAAAAUUUGUUGAUGGAGCAAAUGUUUUGAUGGAUUUCCUGACAAAUAUUGAGAAGGUUUGUCCAGGACAGAUUACAACAGUAGAUAUCGGAGGAGGAUUAUCNACAGAGUCAGCAGAACCAGAGGAGUUCCAGUAUAUUCAAUACAGAAGGAAACUUGAAGAGAAGGUUCCAGUGCUCUUCAGUGGGAAGUACAAGGUUGUUACAGAGAUGGGGAGAUCCUUGUUUCUGAAGGCAGGAACUAGUUUCACUAGGGUAGAGAACGUCAAGGAUUGGAUAAAAGAUCAGAACCCUAUAAUCCUAACUCAUCUUGGGACAAAUCAGUUCCCCAGGGAAGCAUACCUUCCGCACAUCUGGAGACACAGAUUUACACUGUUCACUGCUGAAGGUGUGAAGAAGGAAGGUGACGAAAUAAUGGUGGAUGUUGGGGGUCCAAUGUGCUUUCAGGGAGACUACCUUGCAAAGGAAGUAUCUGUACCUAGGCCUGAGAUAGGAGAUAUUAUAGCUAUUCAUGAUACAGGGGCCUACACAAUGUCAAUGUACUGCAGGUUUAAUUCUAUCCGAGCUAGCCCUGUGUACGGAGUGAAGAAGAAUACUGAAGGUCGGAUCCAGGUUCUCUGCUAUAAGGAGAGAGAAACUGUUGAAGAGUGCAUGAGGUUCUGGGGGAGAAGUUCUCCUACUCCUGUAGAAUAACACAAGUUCAAAUUUCCACUUGGAUUUAUUUUAGUAAGAUUAAGAUUAAAAUUUUAUUCAUUUUAUUCUGGAAAAAAAUUGUUAUAUUUUUUUUUGUAGGAAAAACCAUUUUCCUGUAAAAGAAUUUUUUUAUUGUACAAAUUAUAUGAAAUAGUCAAAUUUGUAGGUUCUUAGAGACAUUGAAUAAAUUGUGUUAAAUUGGA